AUGUACCCCUACAUGCAGAUAGUAGACAAAAAUAUAACCGAGACCUUCUUUGGUGCUAUAGUAUCAGCCUACAGCAUAGGCCAGAUCGUAGCCUCACCAUUGUUUGGCUACUGGAGUAACAAAAUCAGAAGAGUUACUCCGCCUCUUUAUUUAGGCUUGACUAUGAUGUUACUUGGUAAUGCGCUUUAUAUUACCAUGCCUUUGAUAGGGUUGCCUAAUAGGUAUUUACUAUUGUUUGGGAGGCUGAUUACUGGCAUUGGCAGUGGUAAUGUAGCGUUAUUGAGAACGUAUGCUUCAACUGCGUCCACGAUAAAAGAUAGAAGCCAUGCUAUUGCGUUUGUUACUUGUGGACAGGCUUUGGGAAUGGUUUUUGGACCUGGUAAGAGGGUGGGUAGGGUGCUUUAAAAUGGUAGGAAUAGUAGUACGGGAUGGGAGUAGUGGUAGAGAUAGGGGUAGGGUUAGGGGUAGGGGUAGGGGUAGGGGUAGAGCAACGCUAUGCCUUUUCUUCAAUUGAUACCAAAUAUUUUUUAGUGUUCCAACUAAUCUUCACCCCGCUAGGCUACCCUGGAUUCCCUUUAUUCUCUAAUUCUAUGAGACUCAAUUUAUAUACAGCUCCCGCCUACCUAGCCUGCAUUAUUAAUAUGGUAGGUAUGGCUUUGUUAAAAUGGGAAUUCGUCGAGACUUAUGUGGGUAUUGUUACUAUGACUAGAGCUAAUGUACCUGGAAGUAAUGAUGAUCAAAAGAAAGAAAAGUCUAGUGAUUAUGAAGAAAAUGAUGAAUAUUAUGUAGAAGAGAAAGUAGAAGUAAAAGAAGAUGUAAAAGGCGUAGAAACAAAAAAAGAAGACAAAAAAGUAGAAAAGAAUGAAGAAAAGAAAGAAAAAAUAGAAAAAGAAAAAUCAAAGGAAGAAAAAGUAAAAAAAAAAGUAGAGACAGAAGAAGAAAUAAACCUUCCAGAAUACGAUAAAAUCGCCGUUUUCAUAUGCGACCUCACUAGAUUUGUUGAUGUUUUCGUAAGAACAAAUUUGGAGGCCCUAGGAGCAGCUUUUGCUAUGAUGAUGUUCAACUUGACUGAACAUGAAGCAGUGUUCUACAAUUCAGCAGCUCAAGGCACAGUCGGAUUUUUAACGUUCUUUAUUUAUUUGCUCUAUAUCUUCUUUAACUUGGAUCAACAGUGAGUUUUUGUUAUGUACGCUAUUCUAUAUUACCCUACUCUACCCUACCUUACCUUACCCUACCAUACAUUAUCCUACUCUACCUUAUUUAAUAUUUUAAAAUAGCCAGGCCGGGACUAAAACUAAUGUUGCGGCCCAACCCACAGCCUUAAUUUAGGCCUUUGCCCUCAGGCCGGCAUGUGCCACCCCAACCGAACCCCUUUCAAAUUAGAUUCGACCCGAAACCGAACCAUACAUGGUAAACCCCCUUUCAGGUCUAUUAUUUAAUAAUAUGAAAAACAUUUUUCAGUUUCAACAUGAGAAUUGGCUGUAUGUUAUCACUAUUGGCUUUGGUUUUAUUCAAUUUACUCACUUUUUCUUGGCCUUUUUUGCCACGCCUCGACGAGAAAUGUAAGUUAGAAACAGCAACAUAGAAGCCUUAUUUUACUUUACUGCAUCAGUAAUUGUUUUCCUAUUCAAAAUUUUUAAAAAAUAAAAAAGAAGUAGUGAUUAAAGCCGUAUUUUACACUAUAAUCACCCCGUACCCUUACAAACCCAAUUUCAGACGCCCUCAAUGACACAAUUGGCUGCAACCAACACCAUUUCCAUUGGUGUACCAGCUUGAACUCAGUCAACUUCUACAUAUAUUACCUAUCAUAUGCCAUAGUUAUUGGCCUAGCCUUCCCAAUCCUUACAAUUACCAUGAACACUCUAUUUUCUCGUAUUUUAGGGCCAAGAAGACAAGGCACCGAACAAGGUGUACUACAAGGUUGUAGUGGACUAGCAAGACUAACUGGACCUGUUUUAGCCAGUACUUUGUAUACGAACUGGGGUCCUAGACCAGUUUGGUGUAUGGAAAUCAUUGUAAUUUUGAUUGUGUUUGGUUGUUGGGGUAAAAUGUACCAUAGAAUGGUACCGUUUGAGGAGAAAGUUAGAAAAGAUUCUACUGUUGGUAGUAAUCCGUAUUUGAAUAUGGUGGAGAAAAGAAAAUGUCAUAUUUAA